GGCAUUUUACACCAUUUGCGGAGUCCACGCUGCAGUUUGUUGUUGCGUGUUGAGCAGACGAAGUUGUUUGGAAGUUGUAAGCUAUGGAUGCCGUCGGUGACAACUCCCCUAAGGUCAUGUGGAAGCCUGACAGGAGCAGACCAACCAAAAUGGACAGGCUCAGGAAAUCCAUCAAUGAAAAAUAUGGAGUUAAUUUGGAAACAUAUCAACAAUUCCACCGAUGGUCAUGUGAUCAUUACGCUGCAUUUUGGGAGGAAGUAUGGAAGUUUACUGGCGUGAUUUCAUCUCAUCCAUACAAACAGGUGGUAGAUUCCUCCAAGAACAUAUCAGAGGUGCCAGAAUGGUUUCAAGGGGCCAGACUCAACUAUGCAGAAAAUCUACUGCGGUACAAUGAUGACAGAGUGGCCAUCUAUGCUGCAGGUGAGGGAAGAUCUGAGGUGACAAGGAGGACCUACAAGGAGUUGCGGAGAUCUGUCGGCCUGUAUGCAUCAGCCAUGAAGAAGAUGGGCGUGAAGUCUGGGGACCGAGUUGUAGGUUACAUUCCCAACUGUGUAGAGGCAGUAGAAGCCAUGUUGGCAGCAGCAAGUAUCGGAGCAAUAUGGAGCUCGACUUCACCUGACUUUGGUGUUGUGGGUGUGUUGGAGAGGUUUUGUCAAAUACGUCCAAAGUUGAUAUUUAGUGUGAAUGCUGUCAACUACAAUGGCAGAAUGCACAACCACUUGGAAAAGUUGCAACAGGUUGUCCGAGGUUUACCAGAUCUGGAGAAAGUUAUCAUCAUUCCGUUUGUGGCAGAAGCACAAUGUGACCUAUCACACAUUCCUAAUGGGUGCCUGUUGGAAGAUUUCUUGAAUGAUGGAAAGGAGGAUGGUGAGGUUCCAGCGCUGGAGUUCGAGCAGGUGCCCUUCAACCACCCCCUGUUUAUCAUGUACUCCUCUGGGACCACCGGGGCACCCAAGUGUAUGGUCCACUCAGCUGGGGGCACCUUGUUAAAACACUUAGAAGAGCACUGUAUUCAGAGUGACAUGACGCGGGAUGACAUCAUGCUGUACUACACAACUGCUGGCUGGAUGAUGUGGAACUGGAUGGUGUCUGUCCUGGCUGUUGGGGCAGCCAUUGUUCUGUAUGACGGCUCGCCACUGGUGCCACACCCCAACGUUUUGUGGGACCUGGUGGAUCAGAUCGGCAUCACUGUUCUGGGUACUGGAGCUAAGUGGUUGGCUGUGCUUGAGGAGAAGGACGUCAAACCAGGUCAGACCCACAAGCUGACAUCCUUGAAGAUGAUCCUGUCGACAGGUUCCCCUCUCAAGCCCCAAUCUUAUGAUUAUGUAUACAGGGACAUCAAGAGUGAUCUGCUCCUGGGCUCCAUCACAGGUGGUACCGACAUCAUUGCCUGCUUCAUGGGGCAGAACUGGACAGUGCCGGUGUAUCGAGGAGAGAUCCAGUCCUUGCUGCUGGGGUGUAACAUGGUCAGCUGGACAGAAGACGGUAAACAGGUGUAUGACAACAGUGGAGAGCUGGUCUGUCUCACUCCGUUCCCUUCUAUGCCGGUGUACUUCUGGAAUGACACAGACAACCUCAAAUACAAGAAAGCAUACUUUGACAAGUUUCCAGGUGUGUGGGCUCAUGGGGACUUCUGUUCUAUCAACUCUCACACUGGAGGAGUGGUGAUGUUAGGGAGAAGUGAUGGAACACUAAAUCCAAACGGUGUGAGAUUCGGCAGUGCAGAAAUAUACAACAUUGUGGAGGCCUUCAAGGAGAUUCAGGACAGUGUGUGCGUCGCCCAGCGUAGUCGGGACAUGACAGACGAGAGAGUUGUUCUGUUCCUCAAGAUGGCGCCGGGCAGCGAGUUCAACAAGGAGGUUGUGGGCAGCAUCAAAACCUCCAUUAGGAUGUAUCUCUCUGCUAGGCACGUGCCCUCCAUGAUUCUGCCCAUCGACGACAUUCCCUACACCAUCUCUGGCAAGAAGGUUGAGAUUGCAGUGAAACGGGCCAUCUCCGGCCUGGACGUCCCUCAGCGUGGUGCCCUCGCCAACCCCAACUCCAUCGACCUCUACUACGAUGUUCCAGAGCUGCACAACUUCUAGAGGCUUUAUCAAUACAAACUUCAACUGUUUCUGUCCGACACAAUCUUUAGGUUCACGUUUGUUUAACUAUGAUGUUUUAACAGAAUCAUUUUGUCUCAACAGAACUGUGGAGAAUAUUAGACAGCAACUCCUUUUAUGGUUGUAGUGGAAUAUUGAAUGAUGUUUUCAGAUGAGGAAAUCUAUGGCUUUGUACCGAAAGUGUAUUGACUUUCCAGCUCCACAGCUAGUUAUUUAAAGAACAGGAGCUAAAAUGUGGCCGACAAGGAAACGUGAACAAUUAAAAUAUUCUUCCUGCUCCUGUUUCUAUGAAAUGUCAAGAGAAUAAACUUUACAGGCAGUGAGGAAAUACAAUUUGCUGUCCUGAGUGUGAAGCACUGGUCCAAGCCCCAAGCCUUGCGCAGGACAUUAAAUCAUGGAGGGCCGAUAAUCUGUCGAGUUGCAAGAAGGUUAUGUUAUAUGUUAUUUUAUGAUGCAGACUGGUUCCAAGUUCUCUACAAGAGACAUGAGCCUGGUGAAAGUACCAUUAUGUGUCGAAGGGAACUUUCCGAAGAACCACAGCCCCAUUCCACAAAGCUCUAAGAUGGUCGUAGGCUACCAGUAGACGUAAUGCUAACAUCGCAGUGUGGAACAGGGUCCAGAGCCCGUUCUGAUCAAAUUGGGCUUUGUUUUGUCAUAACCACAUAUAUAUUGGUGAUAGUGUUACAAUGGUUUAUGAGGGAUAUUUUGUAAGAAUGAUGUUUUCACAACAAAUCAUGAUGCAUUCCCCAGGUACAUUCACUAUCAUAUAUAUUGGCAUAUUAUCAUUGUCGAGGUACAUAAGCUGCCAUACAUUAGCAUGUUGCAUGGUCGAGGUACAUUAACAGCCAAAUAUUGGCAUGCUGUCCUUGUCAAGGCACAUCAACUGCCAUAUAUUAGCAUAUUGUCAUUGUCAAGAUACCUUCAUGUUACUAAAGGGUUUGUUGUGUGCCCCUAGUAAGACAAUCAAGAAAGGGACUCCAGUCCUCCCAAGAUGAGUAUAGGCAGAUUCGGGGCAACACUUGAUUUUGCAAUGGUUGCCAUGGUUACACGAGAACAAACUGAUGUUACACACCACUUCAGUGUGCAGACCACGAAUUAGACUGUCAGCGUGAUUUGCUGUAGAUUAAACCACAGAUGCUAUCAGGGUGUUACACACCACUGCAGUGUGCAGACCACGAAUUAGACUGUCAGCGUGAUUUGCUGUAGAUUAAACCACAGAUGCUAUCAGGGAUUUAUCGGGAACUGCUCAGGGGAAGAUAUGCAGCACUAAGUCUUCUGCACAUAUCAGUAACAAUUCCAAAUUUUGAAUUCCACAUAUCCUGUUAACAUUGUUACAGCUAAUGUUUUGACGUUGUAGAGGUGUCCUGUAGGUUCACUGAAAACAAGAAUUAUGAACUUCUUUGAUAGGCAUUUAGAAGUUGAACCUACAUCAAAACAUCGCUCUUAAUUGUAAUAAAGAAGUUGUUCAUCCAUAAAUCCUAUCCUUACUUAGGAAUUAUGAAGUGGAAGAGGAGCGUUAGUUAGUUAAAUGCAAUGAUUAAAUACAGUGUUAUUAGUAUUAGGUGACUGAUCUGUCCGAUUCAGUAUUGAUGCUUGUUGUAAGAGGCGACUAAUGGGAUCAGGUGGUCAGGCACGUUGACUUGGUUGAUGCAUUUCAUCAUAUCCCAAUUACGUGGAUGGAUGCUCAUGAUGUCAAUCACUGGAUUGUAUGGUCCAGACUCGAUUAUUUACAGACCGCCGUCAUAUUGCUGUAAUAUUGCUGAGUUUAAACAACAAACAUACCAAACCAAAUGAUCACAUACAGGCUGCCAUAAUAUCACUGAUCACAGCUUAAAACAACCAACAAGAAAUUAAUCAAAUUCUUAAUUAUACAAGUAUGUCAUUGAUUUCCUGAACUCAGUGAGUGAGUGGGUGGGUGGGUAUGGUUUUACGAUAAUGUUAGAAAUAUUGUAUUGUAUUGAAUAUAAAGCCAAGGAAGGAAGGAAGGAAAUGGCUUCACACAUUAUGUUUGAACUUGAAACUUAGGCACAUGUGUGCUGUGUUUAUGUCUUUGUUUAAGUAUGUUACAGUCUACGCAUUGAUUUAAUUGUUGGUUACCGCAUUCGACGCAAUAAGCGCCCAGGGCGCUCUCAAAAUUGGAAAUAGGGGGCUCUUAUUAGAAUAUUAUUUUGGUGAAAACAAGAGUUGAAAGAUAAAUUUUGUGGUUUAUGCUGACAGCCUGGUACUUAUAUACGACAGAUAUAUUAUUCCAGAAUUUAAUUGCCCAUUAUUAAGGGUGCGUAUUAUAUGCGAAUAAAUAAGUCUUGUGUACAUUUAUCAAUGCUAAUGCUAAUUAUGAUUGUUUACUUGUCAAUAUAUGAGCAAAUAUCGCCGUGGGAUUUAUUUGAACGGGGUGCUUAUUACGUCGAAUACGGUAUUUGUAAUUUGGGAUUUGUUUAGUUGCGAUGCUUUAAGUUUGACCCUGAUUUGACCUUUACGCUUCUUGCCGUACUGAGCCACUGCUUUGAUACAAGCUUGACAUUGUCUUCUUAAGUCAAGUUGUAUUUGUUAUAUGAUAUGCAAGUAUCUAUAUAGUGACACUUUGAAAAGAAAUAUUAAGAUUUUAGUCAUUUUUUUUAAAAUGGCCACAAAAAUCAAAUUAAGUUGUUCUUCAAUUAUCUCCGGUCUCAAUACACACUCACCAAUGUCAUCUUUCGGGUUUAAAUAUCAUUCGAUGUGUUUCGAGAUGGACAAAAACACAUCUUGCCUAAUGCUUGAAAACAUGAUUGUGCAUAUUCAUUGCGUCAGUAUUUCAGAAGUAUGCGUAACAUGGUAUGGAUAUGAAACGUACACUUGAAAAUGCCAAACAUGAGUUUUACAAACAGAUUGUCUGUUCUGAGUCAGAGAAGUGCAAGAUCUCAAACAUAAUUUGCCAAAAUGUACUUUGUUUCAAGAUUUUAUUGAGGUAUAUAUCGUGUUGCACCCUUACUAUUGAGAUAGGUUGUUUUGAGAUCAGGGCAAUGUAUUGUUACGACCCAUGAAGAUCCAGGGUAGAAAACCUAUGCUUGCCGUAAAAGGCUAAUAUGCUUGUAAGAGGCGACAAAUAGAAUCUGGUGGUCAAGUUCGUGGACAUGGUUGAUGCAUGUCAUCUUAUCCUGGAUUGUCUUGGUCACUACUCGAUUAUAUACAGACCGCCGCCAUAUAGCUGGAAUAUUGCUGAGUGCAGCAUUAAACCGCAAACAAACAAACAUCCGUCACAAGACGUGUAACAAUACACUAUAGUAUUGUUAGACGUCUUGUGACGGAUGACUUUCAGCUGGAACAAGUUUCAAGUAUUAGUUACUACUGAAUGAAGCUGUAUGGUAAUAUAUAUAUAUCUUAGGGUUGGUGGAAUGGCUGGAUAUUGAGUUGUAUUUAUAUUACUGGAUUGUUUUAAAUACUUGUGUACAGUUUAUCCAUAAUCAUUAGAAUCUUUAUUACUGGCAAAUGCUGUGACGGGUACCGGUGUUAAUGUGUGAUAUGGUUGAUAUAACAUGAUUAUUGAGGAAUAAAACUGGAAAUAGUAA